AUGGCGCCCGCUCCAUACACCGCCGAACCGGGCAAUUGGUUCCUUCGCGGAGUCCAGUCUGCCGUCUUCUACUAUGUCUCUUGCUCGCCGUGGCUCGGUUACAAACACAGGCGGAAAAGGAGGAGGGAAGCGAAAGAGCAAGCACAAUCCAAGGCGGAAAUUGUGGUCACUCAGCCAGGCGUGGUCACGCAGCCUGGUCCUUUUCAGACAAAUGAAGCCUGGGCAGAAGAGUUGAUGCUGGGCCCUGGACCACCCAGAGGGUGGAAGAAAGAUACGCUUCUGCAGAAAUUGCAGAAAAAAGUGUACACAGAAUCGCCCAGAAGCGACACUAAGCCCCCAUCCGCAGGGACACCUGCACCGAGUUUGGAGCCGGCAACGUCGUCUACAAGGCUCUCAGGUCCUCUCACAGACUCGGCCGCUGAGUUAUCAACGAGAACAUCUCUAACUACAGACGAGAUUGAGGACGUGGACACGAGUUGCGACAAGUCUGCUUCGGCUCAGGAGAGACCACCGCGAGAAAGAAGGCUGUCUAGUGCAAUGGAGAAUCUCAAAGACUCUCUACGCACAACUUUACAUCCGCCAAAAUGGAAUUGGAAGAGAUAUGAACGAGAGGAUGAGAUCCUGGCGGGGUUUACAGAGAAAGUUACGAGAAUGUGGAAUCGGGCGACCUCGGGAAUGCAUCACGAGGAUGCCGAUGAGCAAGACGAGGGCGGAGAACCGUCAGUGUAUAGACGAAAGCGUGCUCCCACAAAUGAGAGUGAACGAUAUGACUACUAUCGGGCGAGGCAUCCCGAAGUGAACGAUCUACAUCCUCCGGUGGUAUCUCAACUGCCGGCUACCAGGGCCGAAGCGGCUUGGAUGUUACUUCCUCCUCCCAGUGCUGCAGUCAUGGAAGCACGCAGAAGACCUGCUGCGGAACCCGACAUACGCUUUCCAUUAUGCGUCAUCGGCAGGCCCCGAAAACAGGCCGAACCAACGCCAUCAAUGGCCAAAACCCGGUCUUUCGAACAAGUCGACAUGCAAUACUCGGUAUAUCCUAGUGAUGCCGAAGAUGAAGAUGAAGGGUUUAGCAGCAGCGAGACACAAAGUGUCAACCGAGAAAUCGAUCACUACCAAAUGCACAGUGAGAAUGACAGCCCAGCACGGAUCAAGCAUCUAUCAGAUCCAAUCAUCAAACCACCCCCAGUGGUGUAUCCGGUGUCACGGAUUGCAGGGGACUUGUUUAUUCCCAAGAGAAGGGAUUCAUGGCAGUUUCAUUAUGUUGUUCCAUCGAACCAGCCGAUGGAAUGGUAA